UGAGUAGACGUAAUGUUAUACCGGCCUAUCAGGAAGAUUCACUCUAAUGUGAUGGGCGGGCCUUAAUGUACUGCUGCUACAGGGACACAAAGAUGGAAAUCCAGGGGCUUACUGACAGCCAAAACACUAACUACCAACAUGGCGCCCCGCUUCACGCCUUAUUUUCUCAGCAGGGAACAGCUUCGGAGACUUUUGCAAGCGCACGUCAAACUGAAAAUGCGAUCUCAGAUCUCUCCGAAUCGAUCGGCUUGGAAAGCGACGACAACAACAACCGGGCCAGGUCAUCUCCGCUUCAGUUGAUGGAAAAUGGCAGACUGUCACUUCAAAACAGCCGCGGAAAGAAAGGUGAUUUUCAACCCGCAGAUGCCGAGCUCAGAGACGUGAUUUCUAACAAGCAGAAGGCGUUAAACGAACUACAACUGCUACCCUCAGACUUCGAGAGGGCCGUUGAACAUGAGGACGGCGAUCUGCAAAUGGCGCACCCCCUCCUAGACCCGGAGAGCUGUGAACAAAGCCACACUCCCGAGAGGACUCUUAACAAAACCGCUUCCUUGUCUAGCAAGAACUUGGAGGAACUCUACGCAGUUUUCAACAUACUGCAUAAAGAAAACGAUAAUAAGGAUCGAGAUGUGACCUUGCCUUGUAAAGCAGAAGAGAAUGGAUUUUCCAUGUCUAAAUCAAAGACGUUCGCGUUCCUUUCAGAUACAGACGAGAGCGUGACCAAAACGUCAUCGAAUUCUAUGCAUAUGUCUAGCGAUAGCAGUAGCACGUCUGAAAGAAUAAACCAAACUGUAAGGGCAUGUCUUGAAUCAGAAAAUCAAUAUCAGAUACUAUCAGAGGACUCUGGGAGCGAUCAAAUCGCGUCCCCUGCAAAAAUGACUGGCACUACUUUUGUACCAGAGAACAGGGUUGCUACUGAUGCAACUGACAUGGACUUCAUCAAUUUGUCUGGUCAGGAGUCCAUCAGUAACGGGGACAUUGACGGUUCUUCAGAGCCGGUGCAUGAAACGUAUUCUGGGACAAUCAUGAUCAACAAUCAAAGCAUCAUUGUAACUAUUGAAAAUGGAAUAUUGACCUUAGCCGCCCCACCGGAAGGCUUCGCAUACAAGGAGGAUAAAAUUCUAAGCCUAAAAGAACAUUUGGGGAUGAAAGACAACGAGGACCUUGUGCUGCUCAACUACGACGGGGGAAGUAAAUCCAUCGGUAAAAUCAGCAAUGUUGUCUCCGGUCAGCAAAGUGAUCCGAAAGCCGGACUAGUCAGCAGUGACCUAGAGUUAUCUUUAGCUGAUGACUGUUCUCUCUCUGAAAUGGGUGUUACUCUUGACUCAUGUCCAUCAGUCAAGCAAGAGGCAAGAACAGUUUGUACGAUAGAUUAUGGAAGUAUUAUGUGUCAGAAUACACAAGGUAAAACAGUUACAUCUGAAGAAGAGCUACAGCCUAUAAACCUUUUAGCGGCAACAAGUUUGGCCAAGAAAGGUUCAGUUGUAAAGUAUCAAUGUCCACAACCGGAUUGCUCUAGCACUUUUGACACCCGGCAAAGCCUCAAAAUUCACUUGGUCUUGCACACAGAUGACCAGCGUCCCUUUAAGUGCACACUGGAGGGUUGUGGGUGGUCCUUCACAACGUCUUACAAACUCAAAAGGCACCUGCAGUCUCACGACAAAGUGCGGCCUUUUAAAUGUGAAUGGGUAAAUUGCGGUCGCUCUUUCACUACGGUCUACAAUCUUAAAGCUCAUGUUAAAGCACACGAGCAGGAAAAUGCAUUUGCCUGUGAAGUAUGUAGCGAGAGGUUUCGUACCGCCACACGUCUCGCUAAUCAUCAGAGGACACACUUUGAACCCGAGAGACCACAUAAGUGUGAAUUCCCAGGAUGUGAGAAGACUUUCAUCACCUUCAGUGCACUGUUCUCCCACAACAGAACCCACUUCAGAGAAAUGGGCCAGUUUUCCUGCACUUAUCCUGGCUGUGAUAAGCGAUAUGACAAGGCCUGUCGCCUUAAAAUACACCUACGUAGUCACACAGGGGAGAGACCUUUUGUUUGCGAUUCUGAUUCCUGUGGGUGGACCUUCACCAGCAUGUCAAAACUACUCCGGCACAAAAGGAAGCACAAUGACGACAGGCGAUUUGCAUGUCCAGAGGAAGGCUGUGGGAAAUCUUUCACACGGGCUGAACACCUGAAGGGCCACAGUAUUACACACCUUGGCACAAAGCCAUUUGAAUGCCCUGUUGAAGGUUGUGAUGCUAAAUUUUCAGCUCGCAGUAGUCUCUACAUCCAUUCUAAGAAGCACAGGCAGGAUGGAGUGAUUCUGAGGAGUCGCUGUCCUGUGUCCGGGUGCACCAAACACUUUUCAUCACGCAGCAGCCUCAAGACGCACAUGCUUAAACACCACAGUCUCAGUCCAGAUGUUUUGAAUCAGUUGGACAGCGCUGCUACUCUCACCCCCAGCAGUGAGCUUACAAGCACUUCACAGAUGGUAAGUGCCUCUCCAGGCCCCGCAGGAGCAGAACUGAGCAGUCUGGACUUGUCAUCUCUCUUCUCCAGUGUCCCCGCAUGUCCAUCAACCACAGCUAUAUCUGCUGGGCCUGGAAGCAACUCGGGGCCCACGUCCUUCUCCAUGGACAUGGCUCUGAUCAACACUGGAAUCCUGACAAUAGAUUCAGCCACAGUUGGACAAGCUGUUACCAGCGCAAAGACUGUGGAUCCCCUGAUUUUAGCAACCGGGCAAGAUAUGGGGGUACAUGUAUUAGAUCCAGGAUUGGCCACUGGGGGAGCCGGAGGUGUUUUGCCCCAUGGAAUGUUGCAUUUGGAUGAUGGACAAACAGUCAACCCUGAAGAGCUGGGAACACUGACAGCUCUGGCUAUCCAAAGUACUUCAUCAUCAGAACCACUCCACGCUCUGAGCUCCUGCAAUGCCUUGACUGCAGAAUCACCGUCAACUCUAGCUCCAUCCCUCUCUUCUUCACUCACUCCUUCUCUUUCCUCCCUGACUUCGGCCCUCACUCCAGCGCUAAAUUCUUCUCUUGUACCUUCUUUUUCUACCCCUCUUGCAUCUUCGAUGGCUCUGGCAGGGUCCCAGGUACCAGAGUUACUUUCUCUUCAGACCAAGGCUGACCUAGCAGGCGGUGAGACGGCAGUCAGCCCGUUGUUGAACAGGGUGGAGGUCAUGGUCCAAUCAGAAGGCAGUAAGGCGUUGUGUCCGUUUGUGUUCCCCAGCCACAAUGGAUCGUACUGUGGGCAGAAGACCACAGAGAUGUCUUCCAUCACCCCCUGUCCUGCUAUGGAGAGCAGUGGAUCAGCACGCACGGACUACAGGGCCAUUCAGCUUGCCAAGAGGAGGAAACAGAAAGCCCCAGAUUCUUCCACAUGUACGUCACAGACUGGCCAAAGAAAGACGAAAAUCGCCAAGAGCACCAGCUCUGCUCAGCCUACCACUUCAAGUGCUCAUUUUAGAGAGGGAACCGCUACAGGAAAUGGUGACAUGCCCAUACGGGAUCCGGUGACUGGUGCGCAAUUUGUCCAGAUCCAGCUGCUGCAGGAUGACCCUGCCGCUGAUGGAGCCUUGGCAUUCCAGCUGACUUCCCAGACCUCAUGUUCGCACUCUCAGCUCACCGUAGAUCUGCCAGUCAACAUUUUACAGGAACCCACAGCUAUGACAGAAGAUGAAAAUGGCUCUGAUAACUCCCAGUUCACUGGCAGCACCAUCAACCUACAAGAUUUGGAGUAACGAUAGAAGUCCUCCUCAACAAUCAUCUGUGACCCCUCCUACAAACUAACAACUGACUAUGGCCUUUAACUGUAUUUAUCUUUAGUCAGCCUGAGUCGACUGAAGGUGAAUAUUACUUUCCCUUAGGUCAUCAGAGCAGUGAUGGACGCCGAAUUGUUGAGAUGCUGUGCUGAUGGAAGCCCCAGGUUCCGUCCUCGCCCGGGUCAUAUUCCUAAACUUUCCGCCACUGUAGAUACCGAUUAAAAAUUUGUGUUCAUAAAAAUUUGCCUUAAAUCUUGAUUGACAGCUAUGGAGCAAAUUCUGAUGUUUCAGUGUCUAUUUUUGUAUGAUUUUGUAAAGUGAGAUGCUAUGGUUCAUAUAUGUAAAAACAAGGUUUGUUUUACUUUUUUUAUAAAAUCAUGAUAUUGAAACUUAUUUAUUAGGUUUGGUUUACUUUGAAACAAGUUAAUAAAAUUUUACAUUGAAA